AACAGAUUCGUCAUAAGGAAAACACCCCAGCGACACACGGUCUGGGUGCAAUCUGCUAUGCAUAAUUGCAAACCUCGGGACAUAUUCAACUCACUGUUUCAUUGUUUAGCCAGAUCAUUGUCCCAACUCCCAACAUGAAGAUACCAGUUGUUGAUUUUGGAGCAUACAAGUUAGGGGAAAACGAUGUUUCGGGGGAACAGUUAGAGAUCCUGAGCAGGCAGUUGAAAACGGCCUUUACUGGAGUGGGAUUUGUUUAUCUGAAGAAUACUGGGAUAGUGCAACUAGAAGUGGACGAGGUUAUGACAAUAUCCAAGAAAUUCUUUCUGCAACCAGACGAAAUGAAACUGCCUUUCAGCAGGAAAAGUUUCUCUAAUAGUCCUAACCAUGGCUGGGUGUCUUCAGAGACUGAGAGUUUAAAUCCCAAGAGACCAGGAGACCUAAAGGAAGCCUUCAACACUGCGUCCUUUCAUCCAGACAUAGUAAACAACAAAUGGCCAUCGUGGGAAGGAGUGAAUGGAUUCUGUGAGAUCCAGUCAUCGUUCUUCCUGCGCUGUAAGGACCUGUGUCUCCGGGUGCUUCGUGUGAUGGCCGACAGUCUGGGCCUGGAGGCUGAGGUCUUCCUGAGUGCACACAGACACAUAGGGAGUGAUGAGAACGGCACUACCCUGAGGUCGCUGUAUUACCCCCCGGUGAGGAGUGACAGGGUGAAGGAGGGCCAGCUGCGCUGUGGAGAACACUCUGACUACGGCAGCAUCACCCUGGUCUUCCAGAGCCAAGAGGGUGGCCUGCAGGUGCGUACCAGGUCAGGGGAGUUCAUCUCUGCUCCCAGCAUCCCUGGGACAGUACUGAUCAACAUAGCUGACCUGAUGCAGAGGUGGACCAGUGAUGUUUUCCUCUCAGCGGUCCAUAGGGUUUUGCUGCCCCCUGCUGGAGACUUGAGCACACGGCAGUCCCUGGCUUUCUUUGUGCAGCCAGACGAUGAAGCCCUCAUCACCUGUUUUGACGGAUCCAACAAAUAUCCCCCUGUGAAGUCAGGAGCCUAUCUCAGUGAACGCUUUAAUGACUCUUAUGGGAGGAAGUGAGCUUUAUCUAUCCAGCAUUAAUUAUUUUGUGUUAUGCAAUUAUGUCAGUGAAACAGAAUGUCAGUAAAGAGAGAAUAAAUAAGUAUAACCAUUACUUUCCUCUUUCACAUCCCUCUAUCAUCACGCCAUCCCAAUAAUCUCUCCUUCCUCCUGAUGUUUAACAUUCCUUCACUACUCCUCACAAAUGUAAAAGCAUUGGAUUGGUGUUGACAUGGGGUAGAGGGAGUUUACAUAUACCAGUCAUUUCCUUUAAAUCCAUGAAGGGAAGUGGGAGAGCGAGAGAGAGAAUCAGAUAAAGUUGUGGAGAUAAAGGAAUAUGUGAGCAGAAACCCUCCAGGUACAGAUACUGUAUGUAGAACCAUAGUAAAGCCCUGUAUGGACUGUCAAUACAGGUACUGUAUGUAGAACCAUAGUAAAGACCAGUAUGGACUAUCAAUACAGGUACUCUAUGUAGAACCAUAGUAAAGUCCAGUAUGGAUUAUCAAUACAGAUACUGUAUGUAGAACCAUAGUAAAGCCCAGUAUGGACUAACAAUACAACGUGACCAUUUAGAAUGAGGCCCAGUUCAAUGAGAGGAAGUCUUAACAGAACUGGGGGAUGACAGACAUGAAGUGGGUGAGUGGAGAUCUAAUAUUUCUUUGUGCCAAACACUAAAGCAUGAUAUUGUAAUAAGUCUACACCCUAUUCCAUAUGUAGAACACUACUUUAGACCUGGUCAGAAGCACCGUAGUGCACUACGUAGGGAAUAGGGAACCAUUUGGAACAGAGGCAGUAAUUCCCCUGAACAUCUUUCUCUUCAUCAUCUGGUUUCUUUAACAGCCUUUCACUCCUCCCCUCUUCCUCCCCUCCUCCCUUUUCAUUCUAUUCUAUCAGCCACACCACUAGCUCACCUCCACACAAUCCAUUUACAAGUUAAAGACACACCUUGGAAUAAAUAACAAAGGAAAACUAUUACUAGAUGAA